AACGACUACAUCCUCAUCCAAUACAGUGAUACCCAAUCCAAAACCAUCAAACGGCUUCUGAAUCUUUUCCGGUUGGCAAAACAACACGAAGACCAGACUGGAGAGCAAACCUUGAAAUUGCUGUCCGAUGUCUGUAGCUACCCAAAUUUCCCGUUCAACUGCGGUAACAUGGAACAGGAACAGACCGAAUUUCUCCUCAAUCUGUACUCCUCCGCGGUGGAGCUCCAGUUCGAACCGAAAGAACGAAUCAUAUUGGCAAUUCAGACGAUAUUGCUGUUUGCUCCAGCUGUCUGGGUUACCAACAUGUGUGGGGAAGAUGGUUCUGUUUUGUUCACAGUGCUGAAACUUACACGGCAAAAAAGACCUGUUUAUCUGAAGGAUUGGUCAGUGAACUGGACUGAUGAGAACAUAAAGCGAUUCAUCCAAUACCUGCCGCACAUCUCACAACUGUGGGUUUCUCCCCAAGAUGAGACUGAAGUGCUGGCGAACCACCUCUCCCUGUCUGCCGUACAGAGGUCCUGUAUAAGGCACCUUUGUGUUUAUAGCGCUCUGGACAACAAGGAGACGGGACAGCCGUCUCUGCAAGCUUUACUGACAGCUCUCCGUUCCGCUUACUCAUCCCAGCUCUCAGCCCGCCAGUUUUUACAAGACCUUUGCGCAAAGCUGUGCUGCGGAGAGCAGGUCAUCUUUUCGUUGUGCGAGAUAUUGUGCUCCUCCGGUGAGCUGAACACACAGUUAGCCCUCUCCCUCCUCCAAGCCGUCAACUUCAACAUCACUCUGAACGGAUGGUUGACUACAGAAUCCUGCAGAGCGCUGGGUUCCCUCCUGGGUUCUGAGAACGUUGUUCCUGAUGGACAACGUCUCAAUAUGACGCUUACCCCAGAGAGUGUCUCCAUUGAAGGAGCCCAGCUGCUCUUCAAACAAGUGAAAGAAAUUCACACUCUUAGAACAAACAACAUUUCUAUGCUGAAACUGGCCAGACUGGUAAAGUCCAAGUCCUUUUUUAGUCCUCUGAUAAUCGAGGAGCUGGCUCUCGUCUUUUCCUGUCCAAGUUCAACCAAAAGGGUUCAGGGGAGGUUGGUAAGUAGCUUGGUCUCUCUUCUGAGGGUGUGGAGAGUGAAGAUCCUGAACUUGAGAGACUGUCCACUUGAGGGGAACUUUCUCACAGCGCUAUUGUGCCUUGAGGCUCCGCUAACUAUCAGGCAAGUUGAAAUGUGUUCGCUGUACAUAAAGACAUCCACAUUACUACUCACAAACACCCUUAGGAGAACUAGAACAUAAUUGUUCAAUCAUUCCUGACAUCACUCCUGAAAACACAGAAAAGCUUCUUUUCUUUUGCUGACAAAUAGCUUGUUUUACGUGUUUUUGUCCAAGAUAGUGUAGUGGUCAGCUUUUGGCUGAUCAGGUUGCUUUCUCAAGAAUGUCGAGAGGGGAGGCUGAGUCUGAGUUCAAAUGCAGAUUGUCUUUAUUGUCACAAGAACAACGGUUACAUUUGUUUAGAUCUCUUCGCCAGAGAAGAUCUAACUAAUACAUGAAUUCACAGUCAUUAUAUACAGUCGAUAGGCAGUCCCAUAAUCUGUACCUUGAACCUGCCUGUGAGAAUGUAUUGAUCUUAAUCAGCGUAUGUCAGUUUGCCUUGGUCCCAAAAGACCCUUACUAUCCAUAGUGAACGUACAAAGUCUACCUGCUGUUUAGUUAAUAUUUCGCUAUCUGGUGCUUGCGCC